UAUUGCCAGGAGAAAUACUACAUACGUGUUAUAAAGCCUGCAAGUGAAUAUCUGAAAAACUACUGUUUUUCAGAUAUUCGCUGCUGUUUUUUAAAGCCUAUGGAACAUUAAUGGAAGGUUGUACCCAAGAAGCCAUCAGAGAGUUGAAUCAAGUAAAGCACAAAACAGAUGUGUCCCUUUGUUCCCCUAUGGCCCUCAUUUAUGCUCACAAACAAAGUGAAACUGUUGACAGAGAUGCCGUUGUGGAACUAGAGAGUGAAUUGAAAAUAAACAGAAAGACUGCUCGAGAGACGCCUCUGUACUAUGCUGGGAUGUUUCUGUGGCUGUUGGGGCGCAGUGACAAAGCCAAGGAGUAUAUUGACAGGAUGCUGAAGAUUGCAGACUCAUCAAGAGAGGUCCUCACAUUCACAGUCCAAGAUGUUCAAGCACAUGAUCCUAUUGGCUUGCCUUGGGGCAAUAUAUGGGAGUCAGGCACCCCUAAACCUCGCGGUCCACAAUGAGAGGAAGAUGGAGCGUGUUGUAGGAGGGAACAAUGCCAUUCCACACACUUGGCCCUGGCAGGUUUCUUUGCAAUUCUCUUAUGAAUAUGAUGACGCCUACUUCUAUCACACCUGUGGAGGCACCAUUAUUCACUCAACAUGGGUCAUGACAGCAGCUCACUGUGUUGAUAGCCCUCAAGGUAAAGUUUACCGUGUGGUUUUGGGGGACCACAACCUUUUUGAAAACGACGGCUCUGAAAUGAUUAUUCCAGUGGAUAAAAUCAUUGUGCACGAGCUCUGGAACCCGACACAACUUGUCAAGGGAAAUGACAUUGCCAUGCUUAGGCUAAAGACCCCUGCCUACGAUAAUGGCUAUGUCAAGCUAGGCAAUCUACCAGCGUAUGACGAAAUCAUACCUCAUAACCAAGGGUGCUAUAUCACAGGGUGGGGCUUGACUCAAUCUGGUGGCAGCAUUGCCGCAGUCCUCCAGGAAGCCAUUCUUCCCGUGGUGGAAUAUCCCAUCUGCUCCAGAGACGACUGGUGGUCUCACUUUGCCAAGAACACCAUGGUGUGCGCCGGUGGAGACGGAUUCACAGCCGGAUGUCAGGGGGAUUCAGGAGGUCCUCUGAACUGCUUCAGUCUCGGGGCCUGGAGGGUCCACGGUAUUGUUAGCUUCGGUCCAGCUCCUUACUGCAACACCUUUAGGAAGCCGACCGUCUUCACCCGGGUAUCAGCUUUCAUGGACUGGAUCUAUUAUGUCAUUGACCAAAACACUCAAAUGUGAGGUGAAUCAGCUCCCUUGAUGUAAAACUGAAUAAAAAACUUCUUGCAGUCAAAAAAA